AUGAUCAUCCAGAAGCUCCUCCCCCUCGCAUUGGCGCACACAGCCCUCGUGGUCGCGGCCCCAUCCUCCUCCAAGGUCCUCCCCUUCGUCAUCAACACCUGGGGCGGGCCCUUCACCGCCGCCACGGACGCGGCCUUCCUCGCUCUGUACAGGUCAAACGGCUCGACCAGCGCCCUGGACGCCGUCGAGAUCGGCUGCACCACCUGCGAGGACAACCAGUGCGACGGCAGCGUCGGUUUCGGCGGCUCGCCCGACGAGAACUGCGAGACCACCCUCGACGCCAUGAUCAUGGACGGCACCACCAUGAAGUCGGGCGCCGUCGCCGCCCUCCGCCGCGUCAAGCACGCCGCCUCCGUCGCCAGGGCCGUCCUCGAGCAUACCACCCACUCCCUCCUCGCCGGCGACCUGGCCACCGCCUUCGCCGUCCAGAACGGCUUCGCCGAGGAGGACCUCACCACCCCGGCCUCCCUGGACAAGUGCACCUCCUGGCGCGCCGCCAGCUGCCAGCCCAAUUACCGCGUCAACGUCUCCCCGGACCCCUCGGCCUCCUGCGGGCCGUACGCGCCCCUGAGACAGCUCGCAGCUCGCCUCGACACCCGGCAGGCCUCCCACGACACCAUCUCCCUCAUCGCCAUCCACCAGGACGGCUCCAUGGCGGCGGGCACCUCCACCAACGGCGCCUCGCACAAGGUCCCCGGCCGCGUCGGCGACGGGCCCAUCACCGGCUCCGGCUCGUACGUCGACGGCGACGUGGGCGGCUGCGGCGCCACGGGGGACGGUGACAUCAUGAUGCGCUUCCUGCCCUGCUACCAGGCCGUCGAGAACCUGCGGCGGGGCAUGGCGCCCCAGGAGGCGGCCGAGGAUGCCGUGCGGCGCAUGGUGAGCAAGUACCCUGAGGUGUCGAGCGGCAUCGUCGUCGUCGACAAGGACGGGAACCACGGCGGCGCUGCCAGCGGGUGGACGUUUACGUAUGCCUACCGAGGAGGGUGCAUGAAGGAGACAGUGGUUGUUUCGGUCGAGCCUGUUGAGAGUUUGCGAGGGGAGCUGUAA